CGCUCCUUUUUUCACAGCACGAUUCACAUCUUUUGCAAUCUAAGAUUUAGGUCACCUUCAACUCAUAAAGUAGACAAUGAUCAAUCCCAAGAAGCUUGUGGAGAUGGUGAAGAAGGGCCAGAAGGUGGCUGCCCUUGGGAGGAGGAGAAACUCAUUUUCAAGAACUGAUGGCUCUGCAGAUUCAAGUGGGUGCAGCACUUCGGUGGCAGAUACGGGACACUUCGUCGUGUACACCACAGAUGGAAGCCGUUUUGUGAUUCCUUUGGUGUAUCUCAGCAGUCCCAUCUUCAAAGAGCUCUUUAAAAUGUCUGAAGAUAUGUUUGGGUUACCAUGUAAUGGGCCUAUCACAUUUCCCUGCGAUGCGGUCUUAAUUAAUUACAUUGUCUCGAUGAUCCAAAGAAGCAUGUCUGAAGAUGUAGAGAAGGCCUUGCUUGCUUCCAUAACCCUUGGGCAUUGUUCGACUUCUUCAUUACAACUUGAAGGAUUGCCCAAUCAAAACAUACUCCUUCACGGCUUCUAAUUGAGCCUUACGGACGGUGGUGCAAAAAUUCUUGUCUCUUUCCAAAAAGUUUACAUGUAUAUAUGCUCUAUUCUACAAUUUUGAUUCAAUCCAAAUCUUGUUUGCUAUUUCUCA